CGCCUCAUCAGUCUCAGCGCGGCUUGAUGCCCAGUAGGCGCAUGCCAAGUUGCAGCGACGCCCCUCCCUCCACCUCAGGAAGAGGCGGCAACGGCGACCCUGGUUGGGCUGGGCCGAAGCAGGGUAGGAGUUUCUUUAGUGCCCCGGAUGAGGCCGGAAGAAGGAAAGCAGAAGGUAGGAUCGAAGAACGAGGAGAUUACAACAUGCAUUGGUCAACUGAAAGCAGAAGAGAAAUAUGAGUCCUUGUUAAAUAACCUAGCGCACCCACCAGCUUUUACCAGUGUUCGGAUAAACCACAUGGGAUCUGUGGAAUAUGUAAGACAUCUGCUUUCCAAAGAGAUCCAAAAGCAAUAUGAAAAUCUUAGUGUUCCAGUUCUACAGCAUCCAGAACUUUCUGACAUGUUACUUAUUCCUGUUCUUGGACCCAGAAAGGAUCUGCAAAGAUUGCCAAAUGAAGUAAUUGUUGAUGCCCAGUGUGGAAGUGCAGUGCUUCGUGGAGCACAUGUUUAUGCUCCUGGGAUUAUAUCCGCUUCAAAAUUCAUGAAAGCUGGCAGUAUGGUUUCUGUGUACUCUGAUAUUGAAGGGAAAUGCAAAAGAGGAGCCAAAGAGUUUUCCGGGAAUAAAGUUUUCAUUGGAAAUGGGAUUUCAGAAUUGAGCCGCAAUGAAAUAUUUACUUCUAAUGGCCCAUUGAAAGGGCUGGGAAUAAAAAUGACUGAACCAAUUUACCGUAGUCCCUCAUUUGACAAUAUGUUAUCCAGUUAUAUAUUUUUACAGAAUUUGCCCUCAUCAAUUGUGAGUUAUGUUUUAAAUCCUCAGUCAGGACAGAGAGUCUUGGACAUGUGUGCUGCUCCCGGGGGCAAAACUACCCACCUUGCAACACUAAUGCAUGAUGAGGGGGAAGUGAUAGCGCUGGACAAGAUAGCGGACCGAGUGAAAAAGAUUGAACAAAAUGCUGCAUUACUAAAUUUGAAUUGUAUUAAAGCUUUUUGUUAUGAUGGUACCAAGGCGCUUACUGAUAGCAAAAUAGAGAAUGGACAAGAAGGACCUCCAUUCUUACCUGAGUCUUUCGACAGGAUACUUCUUGAUGCUCCAUGCAGUGGAAUGGGACAGAGGCCAAAUUUGGCUUAUUCAUGGUCUUUAAAAGAAAUAACUUCCUAUCAGCCUUUGCAACGCAAGCUUUUUAGAGUGGCAGUGCAACUGCUAAAGCCAGGGGGCAUCCUAGUAUAUAGUACGUGCACAAUUACCCUUUCUGAGAACGAAGAGCAAGUGGCUUGGGCACUAGAAACUUUUCCUUGCCUCCAACUUAAGUCACAGGAGCCCCAUGUUGGCGGAGAAGGCAUGAUGGGAGCUGGACUGUCACCUGAGCAGCUGAAACUGCUACAGAGAUUUGAUCCAUCUGAAAUUAUUUUGCAGGGAAUUGACUGUUAUUCUUUGCAAAAUGUCAACUUUGAGGAUUUGAUACGCCUGGCAAACAAAGACUGUAUAGGAUUUUUUAUUGCAAAAUUUAUAAAAGUGCAGUGAAAAUUGCUUUAUACAUCAAUGUAAAUAAAUCUAUGCUUUCUUUUUAGCCUUUGGAGUGUUCCAAACUGCUUUGUGCUCCAGCUAUGUUGCUAAGCCAACAGUCUGACGACAUAGUUGCUAUAGCAGCAGUAAAAUCAGCCAGCUGUUUCUCCUGGGAGAAAUCCUCAGGUUGGAGAAACAAGUCUAAGGAAAUGGGCCAUUUCAAUUUGGAAAGUUUCAAGUUUCAUUUGGUUUUACAUUUAACAACAGAUCACUAAUUAUGGAAACUUGUUUGCUCAGUUUGCCCAUAUGGUUUUGUUUACUAUCACACACAGUAGCAAUCUUACUUUCAAACUACUGAGUUCAAAAUAAAGUUUGAAUGGAUUUUAAUAAACUUUAUGACCCUGACCCAUGGGCUAGAUUUGUCACACUCUAGCCACGCCCAUACCUGGUUUAGCAAAGGGGGGGAAGUCCUGAUACAUCAUGUGAUGCCACCGUAAUGACGCGAGUUUGACACCCCUGCUUUAUAAAAUCUAACAGAUUGCUUUUGAAAAACAAUUUUAUAAUAUUAAAGAAUUUCAUUUAAUCAGAACUGGUAUUAAGUGAGCAUCUGACUGCUAAUUAUUAUGAUUAAUUUGAGAGCUUUAUAAAUGCUUCUCCACAAAAUUAUGUGUUUUGCUUGGGUCUACCAGCACAACAGUGCAUGUUCACUUAUGAUAUCAGGAAUGCUAACUGUUCAAACAUCAGAUAUGUUGUAUUUGAUUCGGGCGCAGAACCAAAGAAGAAAUACUGAGAUGAAGCAACAAGGGAAAUCCUCUAAAUACUCAUGUCCUUCUUAAAUUUUAGUUUCCCUUUAAAACCAUUGGUGAUUUUUGCCAUGUUGGAGAUAAAGCAAUUGUACAAUUGUGUAUGCAUUGUAUGAAAAACUCUCCACUAAGACCCAGUGUUUUAGUGCUUGUAUUUUAAUAUGUUUAUGUGUCAACAUUACCCACAUCAAGUUUAA